AUGAGUUCGCAUAUAAGGCCAUGGGAGCAAUCACCUGUUGAUACCCAAAUGGCAAAGAUUAUUGCCAUACUACUAAACUCACAGGAUUACCAUUUUACGGAGGAGUUUUUAAGUCAGGUGUUUGAGUUGACCACAGAGUACAUGAACCACCUCUUGGGUAACUUGCUUGAAUACACCCAGUUACAAAGGCGACGAAAACCAGGACUUUCGGACAUCAAAAUAGUGCUUGAAGAGGACGGAAUCCUUCCUAAUAUUUUGGCAGAUCAAGUACAAUUUAGCAAAAAUUUUCCAAAUAAGCACAAGCAACGAAUUCAAGCUGUCAUAACAAAAGAUCAAGAGGCUUUUACUAACAAUAAUAUAUCAUCAAACGAGCAAUAUGCAAUCACAGAAGUUGUACCGAAUAUCAAGACCAAACCACCCUAUAUCCCCGCCUACCUACCAGACUUGCCCCCUGAUUACACAUAUCAAUCAACACCUACAUUUUCGCAACCAUUGACAGAUCUCAAGCAGCUUCGAACAAAGUUGGUUCAAGAGUCAAGGCUAACUGAGGAGUCAUUGUACAAGUUGAUUGAAAGUGAUACCAGUGAACUGAAAAAGAGACUUCAAUUUGAAGAGGAAUUAAUGGAGUUAAUGAAGAAUAAAUUAACUGAUGAUUUACAAGGGGAGGUGACGACGAGUGUUGAGAACGAAAAAGCUGAGAAACUGGCUGGUACUAUCGAGGAGACAAAUCAACCGUCUGGCACCGUCGAGGGGACAAAUCAACUGCCUGGCACCGUCGAGGGGACAAAUCAACUGCCUGGCACCGUCGAGGGGACAAAUCAACCGUCUGGUUCUCCUCUUGCGGCCCCUUUCAAAUUUGAUUUCGUAAAAUAUGCUCAACAACGAAAAGCGUUGGCGCUUCGAAAAAAAGCAGAACUCGAGGAAGCACAAAAAAAGAGAGAUGCAGAUGUCUUUAUGAAAGCUGAGCUUUACUACAGCCCCUAUGCGACUGAAAAACCAACCCGGGAAACAGACAAGUACUUUAAAGAUCUUCUCAACGAUGAAUUCAAGAAGGUGAUUGUUUCAGUUAGAUUAGCAGAGGAGAUGAAACAAAGGGAGACUGCAGAACGGAAAGAAUUAAAAGAGAAACAAGAGAAGGAAUUUAAGGAACAAAAUGAGAUACAAUUCAAUUUUCAACAGAGGGGUGCUAUUGAUAGUAGUGACAUCGACAGUGAUGCAAUGGAGGAUUUCUGA